GUGCUUCCAGCUGAUUGGCUGCGCGGUUGUCGGGAGUGUUUACAGGAAACAUGGCUUCUCUGUCUGUCGGAGAGCUUCAAGAAAUGGAAGUGGACCGAAGAGGUGAGUCUGAGGAGUCUGGUGAUGAUGAAACCAGGAGGAGAAGCAUCAAUGGCGAUGUGGACCCCAAUCAGCCCACUGCCACAAGUAAAGAAGAGUCUCCAGUUGAUAUGGAUACCAUAACUCUGGACCCAGAGGAAGAGGAUGUUGAUCUUGUUCACUGUCGUAUUGGAAAAAUUGAAGGACUCGAGGUGCUACAGAAGGCUAAAACACUCUCCUUACGGCAGAACCUCAUCAAAAAGAUAGAAAACCUUGACAGCUUGAGCUCCCUGCGUGAGAUUGAUCUAUAUGACAAUCAGAUCCGCAAACUAGAGAACCUGCACAACCUCACAGAGCUGGAGCAGCUUGAUGUGUCUUUUAACGUUUUGAGGAAGGUGGAGGGUUUAGAACAGUUGGUUCGGCUGAAGAAACUUUUCCUGCUUCACAACAAAAUUAGCAGCAUUGGCAGCCUGGAUCAACUGACAAGCCUGGAGAUGCUGGAGCUGGGAUCAAAUCGCAUUAGGGUCAUUGAAAACCUGGAUUCACUUACAUCUUUGCAAAGUUUGUUUCUUGGCACCAAUAAAAUAACUAAGCUUCAGAAUCUGGACGCUUUACACAACUUGACUGUUUUAAGCAUCCAGAGUAACCGGAUUACUAAAAUUGAAGGGCUUCAGAACCUCAUCAACCUGAAAGAGCUCUAUCUGAGCCACAAUGGCGUUGAGGUCAUUGAGGGCUUGGAAAACAACAAAAAACUCACCACCCUGGACAUCGCAGCUAAUCGAGUAAAGAAAAUAGAAAACAUCAGCCACCUGACAGAGCUGCAGGAGUUCUGGAUGAACGAUAAUCAAAUAGAUAAUUGGUCUGAUCUCGACGAGUUGAAGAAUGCCAAGUCUCUGGAGACGGUCUACCUUGAAAGAAACCCGCUACAAAAGGAUCCGCAGUACCGGCGAAAGAUCAUGCUGGCGCUACCCAGCGUACGCCAGAUCGACGCCACCUUUAUCCGCUUCUAAGCUGCAGCGUAUAGUUUACCUGCCAACGUCACAGUGUUCUCCCUCACCUCCCUGCCUGCCCUGCCUACACAAACGGAAACAUUUUGAAACACAAUGGCCUCACUGAAUUAUAUAGUCACUCCAUUCACUAUACAUUCCAACAUAUAACUCACCCAUGGCUCACUCAACAUACAUGUAUGCAUGUAUGCACUCAUUCAAACCUUAUGCACUCAUUCAGAUCUGUGCUAUUGUGUGGAAGCUUUUUAUUUAUUAAGGUGGACCUGUGAAAAUGAAAAACUACCCUACACUCAUUUCUCCUCAGCACUUUUUUUUUUUUCCCCUCCCUCUUUUAUUAAUUUGCAUGUGGGAUGCAGUGUGGAGACAUCUGUCCUCACUCAUGUAGGGCAGGAAAAUAAGAAGUCUUAUUUAUCACACUAUUGAAGUUACACUGUUAUCAUAACAGAGGAAUUCUUAAUAUUUGAGGGCUUUUGUGAGUUUACUUCUUUUGGGUGGACAGAGUGAAAUUUCCUGUGAGACACACAGCGAGUAAAAGAACAAUUCAACAUUAAAGGGAAAGUCUAUAAUAUAAUAGAAGCUACUUAUUUUUGAACGUUAGUACAUGACUUAUCUUUUCAUUUGGCUUCGGCGAACUUCAAAACUCUCCUUAAGCAGGUACCAACUGUGACAGUUAGAGAAGCCUCGAAAAUGAAGCCCACUGCGCGCCGUAAUGACACCCUGCUGACUCAGAGCUGGAAAGGGGCAGUUACAUGCAUCAGUCUGUUUAAGGAAAAUAGAUAAUUUACAGCUUGAACUGACUUAUCAUCUUAAUAAACUGGUUCAGUUAUUACAGAAGGGCAGUUUUUUGAUGUCCAGCAGCCUUGUCUCUUCCUUGUUCAGAUAUUUUACAUCUUAUAGAUCCAUUUGCUGAUUAACAAGAGUGACCUCUGCAGUAAAAUAAAACUCAUGAGAAUGUAAGAACAUUUAAUGUGUCCAUAAUGAUGGCUUUGUAAUCAGUGGUGUCAUCACUUUUUGUUUUUUUUUUUUGUUUUUUUUGCCUUUAGCACAUCACUGAUUACAGCCUGCGUUUUCUUUGGCUUGAAUGCUCAUAAACUUUAUUUGAAAAGAUAAAAGCAAAUUUUUUUUUUUUUAUUGCAUUUACAUUACAGUGACUGAUUUGAUCUCAUGUAACUAAUGUACGAUAAACUACUUAAUGUUGCUGGCACAGGCGAUCUUUUUAACCGCAUUCGGCAGAUGUACAAAGACACUGCAUUGUUCCAUUUGGCAGUUAGGACAGCUUAAAAAAAUGAAUUUCUUUAUAUUUAUUGACAGUAUGUACUGCAGGAUUUCUCAGAUCAAAUACAACGACUGCCUGUAACCAAAAGCUAAUGGAUUACUCUUUGGGUCUUCUGUAUAUAGUGCUCCUGUAUAUGCUUGAGUGCACUUGAUUUUCUCCCUGGUACAAUUAAGAAACGAUGCAUCUUUUAUACGAAAAUAAAUCCCCACCUCAGGGCUUUAGGUUCACAUGUGAAUACAGAAGCAUCAAAUUUACAUGCGUUAAAUGAAAAGUGCUAAACUAAGUGCUCCCUUUGCACUCAUAACCUAAUUUUAUUUGGAUUAAUCACAGGCCUUUGAAUUGUUAAAAGUACCCUGAGUUGGUAUUGAAUCUCCCAUUGUAGCCUAACGAAAACAUAAAAUGUUGGUUUCUAUCAUAGAAUACUUGUUUUUAGCUGAUGAGAUAUUUUUAAAAGGAUUGAAAAUGAUCACAAUCCUUUUAAAUCUGGUUACUUAUGGUUUGCGAUCUUGAGCAUAAAUGCAAUGACAUUCUGCAUAAUUGAAAUGAAUGUAGUGUUAUUUUAUAUUCAUCUUGACUGAAAUUGGCCAGUGGGAUUGAAAGUAUGUUGUGUAUUUGUAAAUACAGUUUGUCACGAUGUAGAAAGUCAGUGCCAUCAUCACCUUCCCUUUGUAAAGUGAUCUUCUUUUUCACUUGUUUUGUUUUUGCCAGGCAGUGUGAGAUACUAUAGUUAAGAUAACUCUGAAUGGUCACUGGGGGAGCAGCUAUUCAGACUGCUAUUUGCUCCUUGUUGUUAGGACUGGGGCUUCAGGUUUUGGACUUGGUUGAUGCUGUUUUCAAACUGAAUGUAUGAUGCAAAUAACAAUAAAAUUACACUACUUAAGGAGCA